GCCCCCCGGCCAAUCGGACCGGCGCUCGCCCGAGCCCGGAUUCUCUUUGUUCCGCAGCCAUUUCAGGCCCCGGACAGGAGGCAGCGCCGCUUCGGCAGAAAGGCCCGAGCGCCGGAGGCCUCUGGGAUGGUGUGGGACCGGCAAACCAAGAUGGAGUAUGAGUGGAAACCUGACGAGCAAGGGCUUCAGCAGAUCCUGCAGCUGCUCAAGGAGUCCCAGUCCCCAGACACCACCAUCCAGAGGACCGUGCAACAAAAACUGGAACAACUCAAUCAAUAUCCAGAUUUUAACAACUACUUGAUUUUUGUUCUUACAAAAUUAAAAUCUGAAGAUGAGCCCACACGGUCAUUGAGCGGUCUGAUCUUGAAGAACAAUGUGAAAGCUCAUUUUCAGAACUUCCCGAAUGGUGUGACAGACUUCAUCAAGAGUGAAUGUCUAAAUAAUAUUGGGGACUCCUCUCCACUGAUCAGAGCCACUGUUGGUAUUUUAAUUACAACCAUAGCCUCCAAGGGAGAACUGCAGAAUUGGCCUGAUCUCUUACCAAAACUCUGUAGCCUGCUGGAUUCCGAAGACUACAACACCUGUGAGGGAGCAUUCGGUGCCCUUCAGAAGAUAUGUGAGGACUCUGCAGAGAUUUUAGACAGUGAUGUCUUAGAUCGCCCUCUCAAUAUCAUGAUCCCCAAGUUUUUACAGUUUUUCAAGCACAGUAGUCCCAAAAUAAGGUCUCAUGCUGUUGCAUGUGUCAAUCAGUUCAUCAUCAGUCGCACUCAAGCGCUCAUGCUACACAUUGAUUCUUUCAUUGAGAACCUCUUUGCACUGGCUGGUGAUGAGGAAGCAGAGGUGCGGAAGAACGUGUGCCGGGCGCUCGUGAUGCUGCUUGAAGUCCGGAUGGAUCGCCUGCUUCCUCACAUGCACAACAUAGUUGAGUACAUGCUGCAGAGGACCCAAGACCAAGAUGAGAAUGUAGCUCUGGAGGCCUGUGAAUUCUGGCUGACUUUGGCUGAACAGCCAAUAUGCAAAGAUGUACUUGUAAGGCAUCUGCCAAAGUUGAUUCCUGUGCUAGUGAAUGGCAUGAAGUACUCAGACAUAGAUAUUAUCCUGCUUAAGGGUGAUGUUGAAGAAGAUGAGACCAUCCCGGAUAGUGAGCAGGAUAUACGGCCACGGUUUCAUCGCUCGAGGACAGUGGCUCAGCAGCAUGAGGAGGAUGGGAUUGAGGAAGAAGAGGAUGAUGAUGAUGAAAUUGAUGAUGAUGACACAAUUUCUGACUGGAACCUGAGAAAAUGUUCUGCUGCUGCUCUUGAUGUUCUCGCAAAUGUUUAUCGUGAUGAGCUUUUGCCACACAUUUUGCCACUUUUGAAAGAAUUGCUUUUCCAUCAUGAAUGGGUUGUGAAAGAAUCCGGCAUCUUGGUUUUAGGAGCAAUUGCUGAAGGUUGUAUGCAGGGCAUGAUUCCAUACCUGCCCGAGCUCAUUCCUCACCUUAUUCAGUGCCUUUCUGAUAAAAAGGCUCUUGUGCGUUCCAUCACCUGCUGGACUCUUAGCCGCUAUGCACACUGGGUAGUCAGCCAGCCACCAGAUACAUACCUGAAGCCAUUAAUGACAGAAUUGCUAAAGCGUAUCCUGGAUAGCAACAAGAGAGUGCAAGAAGCUGCUUGCAGUGCCUUCGCUACAUUAGAAGAAGAGGCUUGUACAGAGCUUGUUCCCUACCUUGCUUAUAUACUCGAUACCCUCGUCUUCGCCUUCAGUAAAUACCAGCAUAAGAACCUGCUCAUUCUGUAUGAUGCCAUAGGGACACUGGCAGAUUCAGUGGGACACCAUUUAAACAAGCCAGAAUAUAUUCAGAUGCUGAUGCCUCCUCUGAUCCAGAAAUGGAACAUGUUAAAGGAUGAAGACAAGGAUCUUUUCCCUUUACUUGAGUGCCUCUCAUCUGUUGCCACAGCCUUGCAAUCUGGCUUCCUUCCUUAUUGUGAACCUGUAUAUCAGCGUUGUGUAAACCUAGUACAGAAGACUCUAGCACAAGCCAUGCUAAACAAUGCUCAACCAGAACAAUAUGAAGCUCCAGAUAAAGAUUUUAUGAUUGUGGCUCUUGACCUACUCAGUGGCCUGGCUGAAGGACUGGGUGGCAACAUUGAGCAGCUAGUGGCCAGAAGUAACAUCCUAACUCUAAUGUAUCAAUGCAUGCAGGAUAAAAUGCCUGAAGUUCGGCAGAGUUCUUUUGCAUUACUAGGUGAUCUGACUAAAGCUUGCUUUCAGCAUGUUAAGCCUUGUAUAGCUGAUUUCAUGCCAAUAUUGGGAACCAAUCUAAAUCCAGAGUUUAUUUCUGUCUGCAACAAUGCCACCUGGGCGAUUGGGGAAAUAUCAAUUCAAAUGGGUGUAGAGAUGCAGCCUUACAUCCCUAUGGUGUUGCACCAGCUUGUGGAAAUCAUUAACAGACCCAACACCCCAAAGACGCUGUUGGAGAACACAGCAAUAACAAUUGGUCGUCUUGGUUACGUUUGUCCUCAAGAGGUGGCCCCCAUGCUACAGCAGUUUAUAAGACCCUGGUGUACCUCUCUGAGAAACAUAAGAGACAAUGAAGAAAAAGAUUCAGCAUUCCGUGGGAUUUGUACCAUGAUCAGUGUGAAUCCCAGUGGCGUAAUCCAAGAUUUUAUAUUUUUUUGUGAUGCUGUUGCAUCAUGGAUUAACCCAAAAGAUGAUCUCAGAGACAUGUUCUGUAAGAUCCUUCAUGGAUUUAAAAACCAAGUUGGGGAUGAAAAUUGGAGGCGAUUCUCUGACCAGUUUCCUCUUCCCUUAAAAGAGCGUCUUGCAGCUUUUUAUGGUGUUUAAUCUAAUACACUUAAGCUGCAGUCCCAAAACUAGGGGUCCGUCAGUCUUGGAGACUAUAUGGGAGCCUCUGCACCCAGGGAAAAUGUUACCCUUUACAGGGGGGAAGGGUAAACCAGUAGGGAAUACAGUACAAUCCCAACCCUACUGGGAGGGGCGGGAGGGAGGUGUUGCCGUCACUGUAUUAAGUCGAUGUUGGGAAAUGUUUUAACAUCUGGAGCCUUUGUGGGUGGAAAUCUGUCUCCAAUUACAACUCUGCACUGGAUGUGAAGAAGCAAAAACUAUUCAGUCUACUCACAGAACAGUACUUUCUGGAAUAUUAUGGGGAAUUGUACCAAAACAAGAACCACGUAAACAAUGCCUAGGGAUAAGAAGGAGGAAAAUCCCAUGGUCCACAACAAAGGACACCUAAGAGUGGGAAGCUGCAACAGUUAAGUAGCUUUUUUAUUAAAGGUUUUUAUAUAAAUUUUCCCACGCUACGGGGCCUUGUUUUGCAUGCUGAUGAAGAACUACUUAAAACUAAUAGUUAAAAUCAGCUUGCCUCCCCUAGUAGAAGCAGGUUCUUGGAAGUUGCAAUUUAAGGUCCCCCAAAAAAGUUGGAAAUAAAAGGAAACAAAUUUGAACAACGAAGCACCCUGUGACAUGCCGACGCGCCACUCCUUUUACCUUUGCGGGCUGGGCAGGGAGGGAGGAAUAAAUGGGGUCGGGGAUCAAACGAAAGGUGACAUCUAAUUUUACAUUAAAAUGUUAGUGGAUAUAAUUUCAUGGUCGUACUUCUUAGAUUUAAUUUCUAGGCCAACACAUUAUCUUAAGGUGCAGUUUUAAGGUUCAGGCAUGCGCUCUGGCUCAUAGUGAUUGAAAGUGAUGUACAUUAGUGGGACCGUAGCAUGCUUGCCUCAUAUAGAGUGCGGUUGGUAUUCAUUUACCUAUGUUGCGCCAGUUUGGGUUGCCGUUUACCAGUUCAAUAUAGCCCUGCAUUUAAAAUUCCUUUUAAGAUUCGUGGAUUUUAUUUUUAUUAAGAAUAUAGAUAUAUAAAGUACUGUAGUUUACAGCUAGGCCUUGAAAUUAUCUUUUUAGGAUCUGUUAGGAAUAAGAUUGAUAUUGUAUUGUGUGUAACCUGCACAAUGUGGAAAGCUGAUAUACCUGUGCAAAAUCUUUGCCUCUGUGCUGUCAGUGUGGUGUGCUUUCUGCAUGGUUAUAUACUACUAGUAACUUUAUCAAAUUUCAAAUUACAUGGUAAAAGAUCUGUAAAAGGCUGCAUAAAUGUUAGUUGGCACAUAAAGACAAUUGUAGAAGUUGAAACAUGAUUGCUAUUUUUCAAUGUUUAUUCCCGUUCAACAUAUUGCCUCUAAGCUUUCCUUUAAUUUCUUUAUUUUUACUUUUGUUCGAAGCAUGAUCUUAAAGAUAUGUUUAAGUUAAUGGAUGUAAUGCAGGGUUCCUACACUGUAUUGGCGCAUGUUGGUGGCCCUUUGUGCCCUAAGUAUAUGUACAUAGGGCACAUACAAAGCUACAGAGUGAGAGUUGGUUUGGAUCCUCUUCAUUUCAUUUGUUUGGCUUUUCUGUUAUUUUUUUCCCUCUACUUACAUGUAUUUCUGUGAAUAAAUCCUUGUUAAGUUAACCCUUUACUUUUCCUUCCAUGUGUAUUUUCUUAUAUACUGUGAAUGUGAAGACCCUAACUGGUACACUUGAUCUUAUGUCCAUAUGAAAGUGCAAAUCUUUAUUAAUUUGGAUUGCCUGAGCAAUGUGUAUCCCAUGAUGAUGAAGGAAAAUGGAGAGAUUUUUCCUUUUAGCUCUGCUGGUCAGAGAUGAAGCCACACCUUUCCAUUUUUCAAUGCUGCAUAUUUAAUCUGCAAAAAAAAAAACAUUAAGCCAUAACAGCCUUUUUAUAUUUUAAUUUGUCACCUUUGCAUUGCAGAAUAAAUACCGAAUUACCGUUUUUAUAGGCAGUUGCUCCUCUUUGCAUGGUUCUGUUCUAUAAAAGUGACUGAUAACAGCCAUUGCACUGAAGUGUGAGCUGUACGUGUGUGACUUUAUAAAUACAGUUUUAAGACAUUUCACAUGCAUGGUAGCAUGCAAAAGGGUUUUGUUGUUGUGUAUGUUUGUUUUAACAUGUUUUUUUUUUACUUUCUUUUAUUUUGGCUUUGCAAAUUUCAUUCUAUUGGGCCUGAAAUAAAAUCAUAUACAGUGCCCAGUCUUUUCCUUUUUUAUUUUUAAGCUACACUCAAGUGUGUGUGAUAUUUCACUUUUUAGUACAUUAGUAUAUUACCUUACUGGAAGCUUAAACUUUGCUUCUGAGUUGGCCUUUAAAGCUAGAGUGGAAUAGCUGUUUUAUCCUUAGGUUGUAGAAUAACCUGGAGUGCUUCAGAGACUUUGGGAACUCAAUAGAGGAGAUAGUCUUACACAAGUAAUAAAGAGACAGCCACAUUUGUCCCUUAAUGCAAAAGAAGCAAAGGAAGGUUUUCUGGACCUGAGAUAAACAAUUCUUUGUUAAGUAAAGGCAAUUUUAUUACCUGUCUAAUUAAGAAUAUAUUUCCAAUUUAGCAGUUAUGCAGCUCAAAAACAAUAUUUGGCUUUAUAGUAAAUUUGUUUCUAAAUCUAAUAACUUUAAAGUAGAAACUUAAGUAAAUAUGACUUACAACCUAACACUAGGGUGGUUUUCUUUUCUAAUGUAGCUCUCCCUGUUGAGGCUAUUGUUUCUCCUUAACUUAUAUUGUAUUUAGACAACAUAGUACAUAGCACAGGAAUUUGCAGAAGCCAUUUAAGUUUUUUGAGGUCAGCGCUGAGUUAGCAUUUAUUGUUUUGAUGAAACGUAACACAUCAUGGGAUAUAUAUAUAUAUAUAUAUAUAAGAACUUAAUUCUUGUGGUGCGGUGUUGAUAGUUUUGAAUGUUGCCUAAAUGUCUAUGAGGUUGUAAGUUUGUCAUUGUUACAUUCCAGUGUUUCUGCCUCUUGGCAUGCUUAAAGCACGGCUUACUUCAUCUGCUCCUUACACACUAAAAUGCUCUUAGUGUGCUCAACUACAGAGAUAGCCGCUGCUGAGUGAUGUAGAUUUUCUACUUGAAUAUUUUUAUGUUGUAGGAACCUCAGGAGGUCAGUGUUUACUGUUUUAUAUAUGCCUUCUUUUUCCUGUUUGAGCUUCUCUCUCUGAAGGAUUCUAACAGAACAAAAGCUGCUGAUCAACCUAAGUUGGAAACAGAAAGUGUGUCUAGUGUCAUUGAAAUGCGUACUUUGCAGUUCCAUGUUACAGCCCAUUAAUUUAGCAAGUGAGCUUAGUGCCACAGGUGUUCAUUUACUCGGGAAAUGGUUUUGCUUUUUGUAUUGUCUAAUCUCUUUAAUGACUUCAUACUGUGUAAGAAAAAAUCACUUUUGUAUUGUUUGUUGGUUAUUUCCAAAAUAACCAACUUUGUAAAUAUCCUUAGAGCCAGUUCUGAUGCUUUACAUCAUUGCUACUUGAUUUUGUUAUGCAACUUAGAUCUCAGAUCUCAGAAUACUUAACCAAGCCAUUACAUCUUAAAACAAAACAAGUAGCAUACAUUUUGUAAUUAACAUUGAUAAACACUGUGAUUUUUUUGGUUAGAACUUUUUCAUUGAUCUGAAUUGCUUAAAUUGCAUAUAUUGUAAAAUAGAGUCAGAUGUAUAUUUUAAAAUAAUUUCAGCUGACUUUCCUCUGACUGCUUUGUCUACUCAGUUAUGAAAUAUUCAGAUACAAGUUUUAUCUCAGGUGAAUAUCCUUGUAUCGUUUUGCUUUGGUGACAUGUUUAUAAAGAAAGAUCAUCAUACUUACUAGUCUUUGGAGGUUUGUGAGGCAUUUUUUUUUUUGUUUUGUUUUAAUGUGUUUUAUUAAUUAUCUUCCCAGUUAGUCGAUUAUUUUUCCCCCCUCCAAUUGUUUUAUGAGACUGGAGAGAGAAAUAAAAACCUCUCCUCACAUUUAGUAUGGAGACUCAACUGAAAAUGAGUUGAGUUUGCUCCUCUCCUUUUCCAAACACUCAAAAUACAAAAGUGGAACCUUUCUCCCUACAUAAAAUUUUGCAAAGUUGGGGUGCCAGAAUUAAAUUAUGUAUUAAACUCUUGUCUCCAUUUAACACCUUUGCAGUGAAAAUUUUUUUUGCUUCAUAUAGUUAAUUAUAUUCAUAUUGAAUGUAUUAACAGAUACCAGUGCAAAAGCAUUCUUUCCGAGAGAAGAGUGUACCAUGCACAGCUGCACCCCUAAGCCCUUCCUCUGAGUCUUCAGGUGCAUACAACCUCUUGGUGGAGUUACUUUUGCAAAUAUUACAAGGUGGGGGGACACUAAUUGUUGCUGCUAGUGCUGCUUAAUAAUGUGGUCAUUUGAAUCUAAGAAGACUAGGGUCUGUGGUUAACACCCUGGGAUAAUUGUGAUGGGCAGAUGAGCAGUAGUGACCUGUGUUGGUAACAAUAUUAUCUAGUUCAAUGCCAUGCAGUAGCAUUGUAUAGCAACUAGUGCAUUUCAUACUGUAUUAAAUAUGGCAAUGCUUCUAAGCCUCGUUAAAGUUAAGUUUCACAUGAAAGUUAGCUCCUCUUACCUUUCUUUCUAGGUAACUGGAAACUAACAUCAGGCUUGAUACAGAUCUUCUCCCUGUUGGUAUUACAUAUAUAUAGAUAAUUCUCAAUGCCUAAUUAUUAUACUUAUACAUUUGUUAAGGUAUAAGCAUAAUUACAGCAACUGUUUUUAUAGUUUGUAUCCCAGAGUAUAUUGUGUUGAAAUAAAAAGAUGCAUAGCAGCUGAAUGUAUGCAUGACUUUGAGGGAAGUUAAAACUGGUUUUCUUUUCCCCACUUCUGCACAUUAAAAAAGCCAAGCCAAAUCUAUUUGCCAAUAAUAGAUCACUAAUUACAAAGCCAGUAGUUUUCCUUUCAGUAAGAGUUUUUGUUUGCCAUACAUCACUCUUGUACUGUGGCUUGGUAUUCUGCAGAAUUACCUCUUUCACAGGUCUAGUCAUCUUGUUUAAUGUCUGCUCUAACAUGGUUAGCCUACAAGGCAGUGCUGUCACCUCCUAAUGUCCACCUCAUAAAGAGGUUCCACUUUAUUUCCUCACCUCUUGUCACUGCUUCCCUGUGUGGAUAUAUAUGUAACCAAACUGAUUACAUUGGUUUUUUUUUUAUGAAGAUAAUAAUUAGAUAAUACUAUGUAAUUUUACUCGGUAGAUUAUCAUCUUAAGAGAUGCUUAAACGUAAAUCACUUCAUAUUAUGAAAGUUCUACACUUAGUAUUCAUGUUAACAUUGGGUGCAAUAACUUAGUAGUACUUGCUUAGUUAUAAAUAACUGGAUCUUUCUGCUGACAACUUAGGUUGUAUGAGUUAUGCUUAAAAGCUUUAAAUCUGAUGUUUCCUGUACCUGCCACACUAUGUUAGAAUGUGUCCUUCAACCAUAUCCUGCAACUUCUCAAACUGUACUAAAUUGAUAUUUCUUGAAGUCUAACUCUGUGCUAACAGAUCUUCAUUUUAAAUAGAAUACGGUUUUAAUUUUUGAUAAGCUGCUGAAUUUUAAAGAGAGUUUUUUGGGGCCACCAAAUAUUUUGGAUCAUGCAGAGAAUAUAUAUUGUACUGUAGUAAUUUUGUAUUUACAUUUGUAUGAUGUGACAUAAUAGAUGUGAAUGUUAAUCACUGCUUGACUAUGUUAAUAAAGUUGUUUAACUAUA